CUUUUCCGUAAUUCAACCAAAAGAAGAUGCCAGUCUUAUCUUCUACUGUAAAGAAUACUCAUUAUGCCAAAAUGGCUACAACGUCGCGUCUCAUUGCUUGUUUGGUCUCGGAAUCCUUGGUCAAGGCCAUCUUUGUUCCUUCUGAUGAUCCCACUAUGAAAGGCUUAUGUAUCUUAUUACGACCUCAAAAAUCUACUCUUACUUCUUUAAAUGAUAUCUUGGCUAUAGUACCUCUUCGUGGUGUCCCAAUAAUUGAUCCUUCUCCUUUCUUAAUUCAAGGUAUGAAAUGUGCCAAUGUCAUUCUUGUGGAUGGAUGGGAUAUGCUACCUCAUAUUUAUACACCAACUAUGGAAUCUACCAAGACUACUCAUUUGUUACCUCCUGUUAUUAAUGCCAAAGCAACUACUGAUGCCGUUGCAAAGAAGCUCUCUUCCUUAUUAUUACAUCCUAUUGAUUCUCAACAACUUUUGGAUGGAUUUGACGCUGUACAACUCUGGACUCAAUUUGCUACCGAUUUUAAUGUGAAUGAAAAACUUAUACAGCUUAUUUCUCAAGAAUUGGAUUCUUCCAUGUUAUAUCAAGCCCAUGCCUAUAAUCAUCCAAAAAUGUUACCUUCUUUGGAAUCUUCUACUGUUGAAUGGGAACAAAUUAUUCUUGAAGGUCAUGCAACUCAUCCAAUGCACAAAGCAAGAAAAAGUUUUGCUCCCAUGGCACCUCUUCAUCCCGAAGAAACCAAUUUGGAAAAUCCCAAGAUCCGGUUGGUAGCUAUUCCCAAGGAUUGUAUGCAACUUCGUGGAGAUUUUGAAACCUUAUCUCAACCUUUGGUUGACAUUAUACUUAGCAAAUCAACUGGUGGCGAUGAUGAUGACAAUAUCAAAUUACUUCGGAAAGAAUGGUCCAAUCAUAUUUUGAUGCCUGUCCAUGAACUUCAAGUUGUCAAUAUUCAACAAUUAUUUCCAAAGGCUUAUAUCUUCCCUGAAGUGAAUCAUAUUACGGUACAAAGUUUGACUUCUAUUAGAUCAGUAGCUAUUCCUGAACUCUUCCCUGGUAUGAGUCUCAAACUUUGUUUGGGUAUCAAGGUCUCAUCUGCUUUACGUACGAUUACUCCUUAUAGUACUUAUUUUGGACCAGGUUUUUCUUCUGAGGUGGUACCUCAUUUGACAUAUGAUCCUCAAGUAUUGACUAUUGAACGUGAAUUAGCAAGUGCUGUUUAUAUUCAUGAUGAUACUGAUAUUGCUAAACACUGUAGCUGUGUUCUUCGUGAAGCUGUGGAAUAUGAUGUGGAUAAUCAAGAUACUAUUGUACCCUGUGCUGCUCUUGUGGAAAAGAUUCAACAACCUGAUACAGAUAUAACUUUGGUCAAGCAUGUAUGGAAUUUAGAUACAGACGAAAAGAGGGUAGACUUUUUAGAUCGAUAUAUUGAUUUGGCCUUACAAGCGUUUUUGCCUCCUGCAUUGAUAAAUGGUGUUGCUUUUGAAGCUCAUGGACAAAAUACUUUGGCUCGUUUUGACAAAAAAACUGGUUUACUGAAAGGCUUUGUGAUUCGUGAUUUUGGUGGUAUUAAAGUACAUCGUGAGACUUUGAUCAAAUCGGCUGGUGUGGAUAUCGAUGUAUUACCUGAUAGUUGUGUGGUUGCUGAUACUAAGGAUGAGGUGUUCAAAUUAUUAUAUCACACAUUAAUUCACUCUCAUUUACAACGAUUGAUUCGUGUAUUGGAUCUUCAUUAUGAUGGUCGUGGAUGGGCUAUGGUACGAAAACAUUUGAAUCGAUUGGUACCAAAAGAUCAUUUUAUGUGGAAAUCAUUGAUGGAAGAAGACAAGGUACCUGGAAAAUGUUUAGUUAGAAUGAAGAUUGAAGAAUUAUAUCGUGAUUAUAUCUACAGUCCGGUACCAAAUGUCAUUCAAUAUCGUCCUAGUAUUGUAUUAUAGUUAUAUGUAUUGUUUUUGUUUUCCUUACAUUUGUAUUCUUUUUUUUUUCCACUUUUUAUUAUUUAUUCUUGUUAUUCAUUUUUCUCUCUCCUCUCUCUCUCUCUCUCUUUCUCUCUCUCACUCUCUCUUUUUUUUUUAUAUUAC